CGCGUUGGCGCUCGCUUUCUUGUGAUUGGUGCAGACGUGGCCAAACACCAAGGUGCAAUGUGAGAGCCAAUGAAAAGCGGCGACCGCCAAUGGCAGAGACCAUGGCGGCGUGGACGAUCGUCGAGGUCGAGGACCCGACGAGCGUGCACUCGUUCGACGAGAGGGCGGCGUUCCAUGCGGUCGAGUUCCCGGCGCAGCACGGCAGCACGGUCAUGAAGCUGCUCGCCACGGCGGCGAUGAACCUCAAGGACAUGGGCUACGGGCACCUCAAGCGCAUGAAGAAGGCGGCGGCGCCUGGCCGGCUGCUUGCACUCGUGUCGCCCGACGCCAUCGUCGUCGACACGAUCGUUGCCGCGCUUCCGACCAUCCACGACCUUGUGACCGUCAGCGUCGACGUCCCAAAGUACGCGGCGACGACCAAGGACGAGUUUGCUGUCGGCAACGCGGUGUGGCCCAUGGUCUUCCACCCCAACGUUGACGUCACCUCGAUACCGCUCACGGACGAUGAAGUGCACCAAAUGCAAUCGUUUGUCGAGCGCGUCUAUGAGGACGCCACAGACGCGCCAUCCACCCUCGCCAACGGCUGCGGCCGCGAACACUGUGUCGUUGUCAACCCGUUGACCAACACGGUGGUGGCGUCGGCAGCGGACUGGACGCCUGUGGGCUGCAACCCGCUCAUGGAGCACGCACCAAUGCAGGCACUCGAGGUCGUAUCGACCCAGGACGUCGCCCGCGACCAGAGCCAAACCGCGACCGAGUCGUACUUGUGCACGGGGUACGAUGUCUAUGUGGCCGUCGAGCCGUGCGUCAUGUGUGCGAUGGCGCUCGUCCACAGCCGCGUCCGGCGCGUCAUCUACUUGAAGAAGAACGAUGCGAGCGGCGCGCUGGGCUCCAACUACUAUCUGCACACGAAGCGGUCGCUCAACCACCGGUACCGCGUCUUUCACGCGUGCCAGGCGUAGCACCGGUCGUUGUCCUAGUGUAUAGAACUCUCUUCGUGUAGUCAUCGCCAAUAAGGAAUGAUAGCCAAUGCAUACCCGAGUGCUCGCUCUUUCCUUGAAUUUGGCGUCGUCGAAGUCUAGUAACUAACUCCAGG